AUGCCGCUGACAGUUUUAUUUGAAUCGCCUGAACUGCAAGCUGGGUCCCCAAUAGACAUCGUAGCCGUACGCAAUCUGUUCGACGUUGUCACGCCACCCAUAGAUUCAUGGGAUUGGUUGCCUCGUCUCAUCCGGCAGGAGACCUGGCAAUGUCGGAUCCUGCUCUACGAUUACAAUCCCGACUCUUUGCUCGACAUUGGGACAAGUGGCGAUGAAUGCUUGCGUUCCGAAGCCGAUGCGCUCUUGAAAGACCUGCUGCUCUAUAGAAGGCUGGAAGCGGAGUCAAAAAGGCCUCUGGUCUUCAUCUGCCAUGGCUUCGGCGGCCUCAUCGUCAAAAGUGCCCUCGUACGCUCCGGAGUUGUGAAAGAGGCCUCGGCUUGGUGUCGGUCGAUAUUUUUGUCCACUUAUGCAGUGUUGUUCGUAUCGACGCCGCAUUUGGGCAUCUCCAGAAGUGCCCUGGAGAUCCUAUCGCCAUAUGCAGCCGGACCUAUCAACCAGUUCGCAAUUGCCCUACUAUACGAAUCCACCCGAGUCAGAGAGCCGCCAGACUCCAGCAUGCUGUCGGAUCUUCAUUUGCAAUUUCGGCCGCUCGCUGAUUCUGUAUUAGUCUUCAAUUACUGGGAGCUCCAAGAUACGCACAUCGGUGACAUGAGCGCCCUACUCGUGGAAAAGCAUUCUGCUGCCCCAACGCUGGAGGGGAGCGAGAGCUACGGUCUUGCCGCUGCGCACCGAGAUCUCCUCAGCUUUAACGACAAGACCAAUCAGGGCACAGAACAUAUAUGGUCUGUUCUGAAGUCGUGUGUGUCCUCGGCCGCCUCGUCAAUACAAGCACGGUGGCGAUCUGACCCGUUCCUGAACCAAGACUCCCAUCUAGACGCCCUGAGCCCACCGGAACCGGAGCAUGGCCACAAUUUUCAGCGCAAUAUCAUCACUGGAGGGCGAACACACUUCGGUGACAACAUAACUAACAACUACAUUGUCAACAGAAACGGGCACCACAGAUCUGACCCUGGAGACGGCAAUCCGCAGGAAAGCGCAACUCAGAAAGCUUACAAGUUCUCAAAACGCUCGUGUCCAAGAUUCACCGGCCGUCAGCUACAACUAAGGCUGCUGCAAAGAGCAUUUGCCGACCCCAGUGCGGUAUCCGGUCGCGAAGGACCCAGAAUCGCUGUUAUACAUGGUGUCUCGGGUUCGGGAAAAACUCAGUUUUGCCUGAAGUACGCCGAGCAAGCCCGUCACGACUACUGGGACGUCUUCUUCAUCGACGCCAGCUCCAAAGCAAAUGCAGAAGCGAGAUAUAGCAUACUCGGUCAAGAGCAUGGCAGGGGUGCAACGUUCGAAGCCGGCAAAUUCUGGCUGUAUGAGCGGACGAAGCCCUGGCUGCUCAUUCUGGAUAACGCAGAUGACCCCGAUCUAGGAAUCGCAGACCUCAUUCCUGAUAGUGCCUACGGGGAUGUUUUGAUCACGACCCGGAACCGAAAGGUUGUGGACACGUUUCCGCAGGGGUUUGCCUUGCAGCUUCGAGGGAUGGAUCCGGAAGAUGCGGUGGAGCUUCUGCUCAAGACUGCGGAUCUGCCACCACAGCGGCAAGAUCGGCCAACGGCGAAAAUUUUAGCCACUGAACUCCGAUACCUGGCCCUUGCUAUCAACUUGGCCGGUAAUAGCAUCCGGCAGCAUUGCCGGACUCUCAAGGAGUAUCUUGCACAUUACUUGAACGAACGACAUGUCGUUGCGGUCUCUUCAGACGAUGCCGAUGAACUCGAAAAGGAGGAAGCUGUCGUAUUCGCAAACUGGAACAUGACUUUCGAUCGGAUAAAGAUUGAUCGUGCCAAAGCCGCUGAAGAUGCCAGAAUUCUCUUGUCCAUCUUCGUGCACCUACACUUUGAAUCCAUCAGUCGGGAAAUCUUCCGGGCAGCAUGGCUCAGCCCGGAAUCGGUCAAUCAGGACGUGCCUGACCUCUUGAAGCUGAAACCAAUAAAGUCCAGGCCUACAGAAUCGUGGGGCCUGACAGAGCGUCGAUUAUCCAAGGCAAUCAACGUCCUCCAUGACUACUCAAUCAUUGAAUACGACACAGAAAGAGAGACUUGCAUGAUACAUCCACUAAUUCACAAGUGGGCCAAGACGCGUCUGACCGCUCAAGCUGGUACUAAUGCUCUAGAACAGAAGACUCAAGGUACGAUCAAAGCACCCGAGGGUGAUAUCGACUGGCUGAGCUACACCGUGGAGCUCCUCUCUCGAGGUAUAUCGUCGCACCUAGAUACUUCAGGGAGUAGAUUUCGCCGCUCUAUUCUACCACACAUCAAUUUCUGCGUCUCGAUUCUCGAAAGGUCCAGAUCUCUGUAUCCGAAAAAUCGUCAUGAGGCGAUCCAUUUACAAAGAUUUGCUCUGCUUUAUGCAGAAUCUGGACAUUGGAAGCAAGCGAGAGACCUUCAGCGCCGAGUCGUCGAUUUCUGUUGCAGUGGACUAGGUCAAAAUCACGAAGCUAGCCUAGAAGCUCAACGAAUACUAUCUCAGAUCUUAUGGAACUCGUUCAAAAUUGAGGAAACCAUAAAGCUCCAGGGUCGACUGAUCCAGGCGCGAACGCUCUCGCGGAAACGCUUGUCCGACUGGUUCCCGAUAUGGCCACCAAUGCACCUCGAAUAUUGCAUUGCCCUCAACGAUAUCACGCAAAGUCUGUGGCUAGCAGGCGAGCUUGGUAUAUCCGAGUACACGGGACAACGAGCAUACGCCGGUCUGAAGGCCAAGCUUGGCUCCAUCGACCCCCUGACACUGAGUGCGAUGCUAAAUCUGGCACGCACAUUGCAUCACUUGGGUCAGCUAGCACGAGCUCAGCAGCUCUUAGUCGCAGUUAUGAGAAAGCGUCAAAAGUUCUUUGGGCCCAACCAUCCAGACACCCUCAUGGCAGAAAAUGAAUUUGGUAUGACCUGCUUGGCCAGCAAGGAUUUUGUACAGGCAGAGACGGUUGUGACCAGUGUGUACGAGAUCAAGCGCACGCUUGGAGACGACCACGUUGGCAUGCACAUGACCAAGGGCAACCUUGCCCGGGCGUACGCUAGGUCUCGGCAACUAGACAAAGCAAUGGCGGUCCUUGACGAGAUGUUUGAAAGAAUUGGUCCUAAGCAUCCAAACUGGAGUGAGGUAAUGACAGGGAGGGCAGAAGUUGAGAUCAAGCUCGGUCAAUUGGCAGAAGCGUCUAGGACUUGUCGUGAGGUCCUGCAGCAAAUGGACUUGGAAGAGCAGCCGAAGCUUCCUCGAGCACUCCGGCUGGUUGGGCCGAAGAACCCUGUACGAGCUGCUGAUCUGCAGCGCGCGAAGGUCCUCAAACUUUUGAAUGAGGUCUCAAAAGCCCGUUCAGUAGCAUUCUAG